AGGAGAUCGCAGACGAAGAAAGACGGCCGAAUGAGAUAAGAAUGGAGAAGAACUGACGAAGCUGGUAGUGUCAUUGGAAGAUGUGGACGUGAGAGGAAUCGAGUACGCCUACUCGGGAGAAGAUCUCGGACGUCUGCCUUAUUGUCAGCAACCGCCAAACCAACGAUACAUCAAUGAAGAGAUCACGAAACAGGAAAAAAUAUGUCCGAGCCAAGACCACCUUCAAACACCAUCAAGUGCAAGGCAGUGCUGAUGCUGGGGGGUCUAUCUUGGCGUCUAACGUCCUCUUUCGGCUGUCUGAAGGCGCGCGCUGCCUCGCCAGCGCACUAUGGUCAAGAGCAGGAUAAUAUUCUAGUAGGGACAGCAGCCUACAAGCCAACCGGAACCAAAGGACGACGUUUUUUUCUUUUUUGGCAAGUGGUCUUUAAACAGGGCUAUGAGAGAGCCGAGCUCGUUCGACUAUUCCUGCCUGAUGCUGGAAGACGAAAGGCGGCGAAAUGGGAGGAGAAGACUGGAUGUGGGACCUACAAACUCGCAAAUACUCCACGUCCGUUAUGUUAUGCCAGAUUCUAUUACUUUUCAUCCUCGCCGAGUGACGACAAGUGCUCGAUAUCUGUAAGGGGUACAUGGGAAGGCUGUCGAGGAGCCGUGCUCGUGUGGAGUGUCUUGUCUAGCGUCAAAGACGUGCGUGGUUCCAAUGAUCGUAUAGAGGAGGAAUUCGGAAGAGCGUGUAGAGGAAGAGGAGGAAGAGAAGGCGCCGCUAGGAUUCGAGGGGAUAGACCGGCCUGCAGAAAGAUUAGCAAAGAUGUCUGACUGGGCCCACCUACUGGCGCCAUCGAGUGUGGAGCAGCGCUAA